AUGGCCUUAGCUACCACAGCCGCCAUUGCUGCAGGCACGACAGCAGCAGCAGCCUACUUAGACGCCAAGUUCCAUAUCAGCAAAGACAUCCGCCAGUUGCGGAUGCUCAGCAGUGCGGAGCGCGAGACCACAAGAGCUAUCAAAACCAAACGCCUAUCCUGCCUCUACUUCUUCGAAGAAGCCGUCCGCGACUACCCCGACGCUGAGGCUAUCUGGUCGCGUGAGGGAAUAUUCACUUGGAAAGAGACACAUACCAAGACUUGCCAAUAUGCUGCAUAUUUCCUUGAGCUGGAUGUCAGACCUGGCGAGCUGGUGGCCUUUUAUUUACAGAACUCGCCUGAGUUCAUCUUUGCGUGGUUGGGAUUAUGGGCCAUUGGAUGUGCACCGGCCAUGAUCAAUUUCAAUCUAUCCGAAGAUGCCUUGAUACAUUGUUUGAAGCUUUCGGGCGCCAAGAUAGUAGUGGUUGAUGAAGAGGAGAAGGUAAGGACCAGGAUUGAUGGUGAGAAGCAGAGGAUAGAGGAGCUUGGCAUGCAGACCAUCGUGCUGUCUAGGGAGUUGAAGAGCUCCAUAGCUGCAAAGACUGCACAAAGACCUGAUGACAGCUAUCGAGAAGGCCUCAAAGCCAGCUUCCCAAGUGAGAUCGAGACAUUCCACGCCACAAAAUUGACGUCAGGACUCGCUGACGAGGAGUUCAUCAGUGGGACGACCGGUCUGCCCAAAGGCGCAUCAUUUCCUACCAGUCGAAUGCACCUCGCGGGCGCCAGGCGUGCAAAUUAUUGUGACCAGCGCCCCGGUCCUGGUGGAGACAGAUGGUACGUCUGCAUGCCGAUGUACCAUGGGACAGGUGGAAUCGCGGCAAUGACGUGCAUGAUGGCCGGUGUCUCCCUCGCCAUUGGUAAAGGCUUUUCAGUCAGUAACUUUUGGCGUGAUGUCCGAGAUUCGGAGUCGACCUUCUUCGCGUAUGUGGGGGAGACGGCACGCUACCUCCUCGCUGCACCCCCGUCGCCAUUGGAUAAAGAGCACAAGGUCCGGUGUAUGUGGGGCAAUGGAUUGAGACCCGACGUGUGGCUUCCUUUCCGUGAGCGCUUUGGUGUACCGGAAGUGGCCGAGUUCUUCAAUAGCUCUGAGGGUAUGUUGUCUUUGUUCGUCUGGAACCGAGGAAAUUAUUCUGUCGAUUGUGUUGGUCAUCAUGGAGCGUUGAUGAGACUUGUAACGAGGGAUACAUUCGCGCCCGCAGCCAUCGACCAUGAGACGAACGAAAUUAUCAGAAACCCAAAGACAGGCUUUGCAACACGAAAUAGCUACAAUGAGGGCGGCGAGAUUCUUGUCAGAUUGUCCGAUGAAUCGCUCUUUCCGGGGUACUGGAACAACCCUGAGGCAACAAAGAAGAAACUCGAUCGGGAUGUGUUCAGAAAGGGAGAUCUGUAUUACAGAUCGGGCGACGCCCUGAGAAGGACUGAUGACGGAAGAUGGCUCUUCAUGGACCGCUUAGGGGAUACGUAUCGAUGGAAGAGCGAGAACGUCAGCACUGCCGAGGUCGCAGAGGUGAUUGGCAAAUUCCCCGGCGUCUUCGAGGCCAACGUAUAUGGAGUUGAGAUACCCAGGCAUGAGGGCAGAGCAGGGUGUGCUGCUCUUAGCAUAGCGCCUGAACAUCGGAAGAAUUUCGAUUGGAGGGGACUUGCAUCACAUGCGAGGAAACAGUUGCCAGGAUAUGCGGUACCUGUCUUUGUGAGAGUGCUAGGUGGAGAAGUUGGCGGGGCAGCGAGUCAUAACAACAAGCAAAACAAGGUUGCUUUGCGAGCAGAAGGGAUCGACCCGAGCAAGAAGGGCUCAAAGGUAAUGGGUGGUGGAGGAGAUGAAAAUUAUUGGAUGUCCCCAAAAAGCGAUAAGUAUGUCCGCUUCGAAGAUAAGGACUGGCGCAAUCUAGUGGGAGGGACAGCUAGGCUUUGA